CCGCCUGGUGUGGGGCUGCCUCCAACUCAAGUUCCGCUCGCCGACGGAUCAGUAGAGCAAGAAAGCAGUCUCUUAGUUAUGGGGGCGGCCGUGCGUUCGCGAAAUCCUCUAGUUGAAGGAAGACGACAAAGCAGCUGUUCAUGAAUGUCGUCUGUUUUCCCACCUUUAUUCAUAUUCUUGCCGCUGCAAAGUUCGAUCGUCCACCUACAAAGCUUCCUUGGAAAGACCCCCUUCCCCCGCACCUGAGCCCAGGCAGUAUCGCGAACCAACAAGGCUGACAUCAUGACCGAAAUUACUUUCAACAGGGAACGGCACAUCAAAUACUUUCUCCGAUGUCUCAAAACAUACCUUCCAGAACCAUAUACUUCCAAUGACUCCAAUCGCAUGCUUCUCGCCUACUUCACUGUUGCCGGUCUCGACCUCCUGGGAGUACUCCAUGACAAAACCAGCCUUCAAGAGCGACAAGGGUAUAUUGACUGGAUUUACCACUGUCAAGUACCUACAGGGGGCUUUCGGGGCUUCACAGGGGCAGACUUUGGGGUGGAUUUCCGAUCGCCAGCGAAUGAAGCUUGGGAUCCAGCCAAUGUGCCGGCCACAUUCUUCGCGCUUGUCAGUUUGAUUAUCCUUGGCGAUGAUCUGUCACGGGUGAAGCGCAUAGAGUGCCUAGAGUGGCUUCCUCGGCUGCAGCGUGAGAACGGCAGUUUUGGCGAAGUUCUUGGGCCAGGAGGCAAGAUUGAAGGGGGUGGUGACUUGCGAUUUUGCUGCUGUGCGGCAGGAACCAGGUAUAUCCUGAGAGGGACAGGUGGCGCAGAUUUACAAGGGCUGUGUGAUAUCAAUGUAUCCAAGUUAGCGGCCUUCGUUCAGGCUUGUCAGGCUUACGACGGCGGGAUGGGUGAAGCACCCUUUUGCGAAGCACACUCUGGACAUACGUAUUGCGCCAUGGGUGCUCUUUCGUUUCUAAGUCGAAUGGAAAAGGAUCAGCCCCUACCACCAAUCCUCUCACCUGCUGCCAUAGAGUUCGAGUCCUUGAUUCGUUGGUUAGUCGCCCGUCAGACGGCGGAGCUUGGCGAAACGGAGGACUCAUCGGACGAAGAGGACGAACGUAUCAAGCACAGCGAGAACCAUUCAUCACCACUGACAGUGGCAGUCAAAGGAGUUGACUCUGAUACGGAGGUAGAUGAGCUUCCAGUUCUUCCGCCGCUAAGAGAAGAGUCAUUACACUGGGCCGGCUUCAAUGGCCGAUGCAACAAAAAUGCCGAUACAUGCUAUUCUUUCUGGAAUCUGGCAACUCUGGUAAUGAUGAACCGAAUAGCUCUGGUUGACGCGUAUCGUAACCGCCAGUACCUCUUGGGCAAGACGCAGCACAUCAUCGGAGGUUUUGGUAAGGGCGUUGGAGAACCGCCUGAUCUUCUACACUCCUACUUCGGCCUCGUAGCCCUCGCAUUCCAGGGCGAACAGGGCCUGGACGGUGUUGAUCCAGCGGAAUUCUCCUCAAAGGACCUUCGGACGGUGGGCAACUAUACACUUGGGCGGUUGAUAGGAAAGGGCUCUUUUGGCAAGGUCUAUCUUGCCUCGCAUAAGCUGACCAAUGGUUCCAAGGUUGUACUCAAGUCCUCAGAUAAGGAGGAUAGGAACCUAGCGCGCGAGAUUCACCACCACCGUCAGUUUCUCCACCCCCAUAUUGCUCGCCUGUACGAAGUCAUUGUGACGGAGAAUCUGGUAUGGCUAGUGCUGGAAUAUUGUGCAGGCGAUGAAUUAUACAACCAUCUUCUUCAACAUGGCCCUCUUCCAGUCGAAAAGGUCAAGAAGAUUUUUACACAAUUGGUUGGGGCUGUGGCAUACGUUCACAGCAAAUCGUGUGUGCACCGCGAUCUCAAACUAGAGAACAUCCUGCUUGAUAAGCACGAGAAUGUCAAGCUUUGUGACUUCGGAUUCACAAGAGAAUAUGAGGGCAAGGCAAGCUAUCUGCAGACAUUUUGUGGCACGAUAUGUUACAGUGCUCCUGAAAUGCUGAAGGGCGAAAAAUAUGCCGGCGAGAAAGUGGAUGUCUGGAGCUUAGGAAUCAUUCUGUACGCAUUGCUUGCAGGCGAGCUCCCGUUCGACGAUGACGACGAUAAAAUCACCAAAGCCCGCAUCCUCAAUGACGAGCCGCUGUAUAAUGAGAAAUUCCCCAAUGAUGCGAAAGCCCUCAUCAAUUCGCUUUUGUCAAAGCGGCCUCUCAUCCGGCCAAGCUUGGAUGAGAUCCUUGCGCAUCCGUUUCUCGCUGAGCAUGCGUCGGAACAGCUCGCAAUAUUGAAGAUUCCACGUCCGGCACCAUUUUCGACCCCGCUUGAGAAGACAACUUUACAACGCAUGAAGAGUGCGGGCUUGAACAUUGAUGAUGUUGUGGAAAGUGUUCUCUCUCAACGCUGCGACCCACUCGCUGGUUGGUGGGCAUUGCUGAUAGAGAAAGAGCAACGCAAGGAACGCAAGAGGGAGCGUAAGCGUCGAGAACGUGAGGCUGAGGCCAAAAAUAUUCGCCGUCUCAGCGCAGCGAGCAGUCGGUUGGAAAAGAUCUCUGCAGCUUUGGUUGAAGUAGACGAGGAGGGACACGCAUCUUCGGACGGCCCUUUGCAAGAGCGUGGGCGUAGGAACAGGCGGAGCUUACCAUCUCAACUCGCCGUGCCAGAAUUGGCCAUGCUUCCUGAGCCAAUUCCCGUGCAGUCUCCAGACUCUAGCGCGCCUCCUCCACCUAUUGACAAAGACUCCGUCCGCUCCGCAAGCUCCACUCGACCACGUCCAAUUCCGCCUCCCAAAGAUCACGCACGGCGGCCGAGUACUUUGCACGCCAGCGCCUCGCAACCGGAACUGGCACAACACAACGGCCUCUUCAGAAGGCGUACUAGUCGUCGUCAGUAUCCAAUCAUAAGCCAGUUAGCAUCACUGAAACACUGGUUCGUGGAGUCGGCAAAGAGGGCCAAAUCACCACACGCAAAGGUGUCGGGCGCACAAGGUGGGCAUCGCAAAUUCCUAUCGGAGAGGCUAAGCCCAGGAAAGGGACAAGAACCUGGCAAAAAGCCGACAUCCUCGUCCACGGCUGCUGGAUACCAAGGUGACUUGUUGACACCGACUCAGGUGAAACGCUCAUCGAAUGCUAGCAGCUUGGCUCCAAGCAGCGCUUCAUACCCAAACCACCGUCACUCUUUCCCCCGGCAACCUCGACCCCUGAGUACAGGGCAAACCCAUAGAAAUUCUCUAUCGCCUUCCCCGAUCACUCCAAGGGGCUCUUACCGGCGGUCAUCCGCGGGUUUGCGUGGACGCAAGUCGACAUCUUCUUCUGUCUCCUCGAUCCGCAGCAUACAUCAUACUCAUACUCAUUCCAAAGCCUCAUCGGUAUCCUCAAACAGCAUCGGAUCGGCUUCGACACCGACCGCUCGUAUCACCAAAUCACCUCAUUCUUCUGUCAAAGUCCUGCCUACCACUCCGAGCGCCUCUGCUCGCUUCCCAAGCAAUAUUCGCCUGGUCCGAGGCACGCAAGCUGGAAUCCGUGACAUGGACGACCACAACGGAAGACUUCACUCGGUGUUCAACGAAGCAGCCCCGACGCCGCUGCUCUAUUCCCCUUCCUCGAGUCUUGUGUUUGCCCGUCGCAAACGAUCCGCAUUCAAGGGUCCUAUGAUUCAUACUGCAAACUUGAUGGUAUCUGGUGGUGUGGCUGCUUCGCAGUAUCCUCAAGUAGAUUAUGGCGCUGAAGAUCCUGUCGUCGCGAGUGCCCCCCGGCCCGCAGCACGGAAGAGUCAAAUCAUUGAGGAAGAGGAAGACUUGGAAGAAGAGAUUGAAGAGGUUGAUACUUUCAGCGGCGUGGAGGAUGAGCCAGGCUCGCCGGCUGAUUUAGUCAAGUCGAGCGAUUGCCAUGGCCAUGAGCAAUUGGACGGGUCUCUUCGUGAGCCGACUCGCAAACCCGCUCUAGCGCCUGCUCCAGAUCUCGACGCCAGCCCUCGCCCGCCCCGCUCGUCCUCGUUGACAACGCCGCCGUUCUCAACAGUUACCGAAUAGACCCUACUCCUUGUGAUGCAGAUCUCUUGAGAUAAUCGCCUGUGCGAUGCAAUGUUGAGACUUUUCGGGCAAUUGCAGCCGAGCAUACUGGAGUUCAUCUUCGCAUGAUUCGAUACGUUUUACACAUUUCAACAUACUUAUACCCCCUUCUGCGUCUUUGUGGUGCUAGUUUUUCUUUUUGGACAGAAUUCGAUUCCCGAUAGGUCGCUUUAAGAUGGCAAUGUUAUGAGGAAAAGGCUUAAGAAGGAUUCAAAGGCUAUCCUUGCCCACUAGAUACCUCCUUUCCUGACCCUUGUCUCCAGACUCUCUUUGACCUUCGGAAGGCUAGCCUUGCAUUCUUAUGGCAUAUACCACGUCAUACUUAUUACACACCUCGCGCAGAUUUCAUUUGUACUCUAAUAUGAUAUCUUACCUACCUUUCUAC